AGCUCGGUUCCUGCCCGGUUCCUCCUCUGACUGAAACCCGGUUCCUCAUCCUGGUUGCUGUCAGGAUGAAGAUGACGACGACGGUUGCUCCGGUUCUUCCCUGGUUCCUCCUGUGGGUUCUUCUCCAGCUUUCCAUCACCUCUUCCUUCUCACAGUCCCACAAUGAGACGGAGCCGGUGGUUCUGGAGGGGAAAUGUCUGGUGGUGUGUGAUUCGAACCCGUCCUCGGACGGCGGCGUCACCUCCUCGUUCGGGAUCUCGGUGAGGGCGCCGGGGGCCAAGGUGGCGUUCUCGGCUGUGAGAGGAACCAACCACGAACCGUCCGAGAUGAGCAACAAGUCCAUGACCAUCUACUUCGACCAGGUUCUCGUCAACAUCGGGAACCAUUUUAACCUGAAGUCCAGCGUGUUCCAGGCUCCCAGACGCGGCAUUUACAGCUUCAGCUUCCACGUGGUCAAGGUCUACAACCGACAGACCAUUCAGGUGAACCUGAUGCACAACGAGUACGCGGUGAUCUCGGCCUUCGCGGGGGACCAGGACGUGACCCGGGAGGCGGCGAGUAACGGCGUCCUGCUGCUGCUGGAGCGAGAGGAUCGACUCUACCUGAAGCUGGAGAGAGGAAACCUGAUGGGCGGAUGGAAGUACUCCACCUUCUCCGGCUUCCUCGUCUUCCCGCUCUGAAUCCUCGGGUCCGCGCACCGCCAAUCCCGCCGCCCUGCACGCUGUAAUGUUUACGUCUCUGACACACGGGGUAAUACGGGGUAAAUGGGUACGGGGCAGGUUGUAAACCCUGGUACCGCAGCGCCACACGUUAAAUCAUCCUGGUUUGUUACUUACACUUACAGCAGGUGGGAGUUUGUCCACAAGUGGGUGCUGUUGGCACCGUGUGUAAAAACAACAAACAAAUCUGGACUAAAUGCUAAUAAAUAAUGUUUAAA